AUGACAUAUCAACCAAAUACGAUCUACAAUGCCGCGGACAAGAUUUGGAGUAGUGAAAAGGAGAAAUCCCAAUUCGGAGAGGAUUUAUCCAUAGGAGAACUUAUUUUUCAGGAAAUGGUCCGCCAUCCCAAGAGCAUAGCCCAGAUUUCAGACUCGGAGAAAACGAUACUUCUGCGGGAGGAUCUAUUAAGUAAUGCUAUCCGCAUUGCAACAUUCAUGCGAAACUUGGAACUAACUCAGAAGGAUAUCGUGGGCGUUAUAGCUAGGAACACCACCCACAUAGCAGCCGUCGCCUACGCCUGUUUCUUCAACGGAAUCGCGAUGCAUUCUCUUAAUUGCACUUAUUUACCGGAAAUAAUUGAGAAUCUAUUCCACAAAACAAAACCACGCAUAAUUUUCUGCGACGGUGAUGAGUUCGAAAAAGUGCGCUUCGUUACCGCCAAGUUGGAUGUACUGAUAGUGACCAUGCGCAACCAUCCUGCCGGUGGCUUAAGUAUCCAGGAAGUGCUGAAGACGCCAGCAGAAGAGGGAUUCAAGCCAACUCCCUUAAAAGAAGGUUCCACCCAAGCGUUGGCUAUACUCAGCAGUUCUGGCACCACAGGCACUCCAAAGGCCGUUAUUGUGUCCAAUUGCCAAACCAUUCUAAGCGGCUUUACAAAAUUGACCACCUCAGAUGUUGUGUACAUAUCCAGCAGCUUGGACUGGAUUUCGUGUCUGUGGACAGUAAUCUCCUCGGGAGUCUUCAGCACAAACCGCAUAGUGUCCGAUAAACCUUUCGAUCCGUCGGAAAGUCUCCGCAUAGUUGAAGAAUACCAGGUAACAUGCCUUCUACAGUCUCCGGCGCAAGUGGCAGCCACUGUAAGCUGUCAAGACUUUGAAAAAGCCAACUUGCAGAGCCUGCGUUAUUAUAAAUAUGGAGGUGGUCGAUGCGGCUCGGAGGUGCAAAAAAAGCUUCGAGAGAAAUUGGGAAAUGACUCUUCUAUAUUUUAGCUAUGGAUCUUCAGAAUUGGGAUCCCUUUUUUGCUACAACUGGCACUAUGAUGCAAAGCCCAAUUCAGUGGGUCGACCGA